UCCGGUCUGGCGUCAUCGAAGUUCCGCCGGCAGCCUGACUGUAAACAAGGGCGACAAAAAGCAGCCAUUGGUUCCUUUCAUCCUGAUACGCUAUUAGAUGCAUCCACGCAUGGCACCAAAUGCGUAAAGUUAUGGCAACCCAUGCAGUUCUGUCAUCUGGAGUAAAUACGUGGAGAGCGUUGCCUUGUGAGAAGUCAGAGCUGCGACUGGAUCUCACGCUUGCUUGUGGGCAGUCGUUCCGCUGGAGAGAGACCGGAGACGGACACUGGACUGGAGUGAUGGGAGGACGAGUGUGGACUCUUACUCAGACAGAUGACACUUUGUGGUACCACGUUUACAAACACAAGGGCAGACACGUGCAUGGAGAAGUUGGGGCUGGGAAGUGUGGUGUUUUCCUCAAUGAGAAAAGCAAGGCACAGAUGAAAUGUGAAGAAGCCAUGAAGAAGGAAGAGGAGAAGGAGGAAGUGGCCGUAAACCUCCAGCAUGAUAACGAGGACGAAGCCACGCUGAGAGAUUACUUCCAGCUGAAUGUGAAUCUGAGGGCUCUGUACAGGAAAUGGGGAGCAGCAGACCCCCACUUCAAGCAAAUUGCAGACAUCUUCACCGGUGUGCGAUUGCUCCGCCAGGACCCCACUGAAUGCCUCUUUUCUUUCAUUUGCACCUCCAACAACCAUAUUUCUCGCAUCCAAGGCAUGGUGGAGAGGUUGUGUCAGGCCAGGGGGAACCUGCUCUGCCAGCUAGAUGAAACCUUGUACUACGACUUUCCUUCCUUGUUAGCAUUAACAGACAACAAUAUAGAAGCAUGCCUCAGGGAACUCGGUUUUGGAUACAGAGCUCGAUUCCUGCAACAGAGUGCAAAUCAGAUUUUAGACAACCACUGUCACGAAUGGCUUGAAGGUCUACGCAGUGUCCCAUAUGCGGAGGCCCGUGAUGCUCUGCGGGGCCUCCCCGGGGUGGGCACUAAGGUGGCAGAUUGUGUAUGUCUGAUGUCCCUGGAUAAGGCAGAUGCUGUGCCAAUCGACACGCAUGUGUGGCAAAUUGCAAAGCGUGACUAUAAAUAUGCUGUUGCCAAUGAACCCAAAAGCCUCACAGAAAAGCUUCACAAAGACAUCGGGGAUUUCUUCAGGAAUUUGUGGGGUCCUUACGCUGGUUGGGCCCAGUCUGUGUUGUUCUGUGCCGAUCUCAAGAAAUUCCAAAAGAUGAAAGAAACCCCACAUCUAAAAAGGGCAAAGAAAGAGUCCGACAGUGCUGCGUGAAGCUGUUAGUAGAUGAGAGAGAGAGACGCAAGAUUGUCUCCAGAAGUCUCCAAUGUCCAGUUUGAGGGUAUACUGGCAUUGAAAAAGUCUCCAGCUCAUCAGAAAAAAACACAUCCAUUCCCUUGACAGCAGCAUGUCCCAACAGGAGUGUUAUUGCACUCCAGAAGACAAGCAGGUGGGGGCUGAAGAACAGGCACAGGGCCAAGGUGCAGCAUGAUGAUGCAGUAAGAUGGAGGCCAGCUCAUAUUCCACCGUAUUGCCCACUGGUGAUGCACACAUUCAGUAUCAGCUAGCUCGUCACCUGCCAACACAUACAAAAUUUAGAUAUGCCUUUAUGGCUACUAGCUAUAGGAACCACACAGAAUAUCCUAGUUAGUGUGUUCUCGUGCUGUGAGAUGAUGUCCGUAUAGUAAGGUGUGGUAGCUUGACUUUCGAGUGCCCCAAUUUACAAGUUUUUCACGUCAUGAGUUGUCGCUUGAUAGAUUUUUUGCUUUGUGUUGUGAGCCAAAAUUUGAGUUAUGAGCGAGCUUCAGAUUCGUUGCUGCAGUUCAGUGUCUUAGUGCUGUUCCCGAUAGGGGCAAUGGGUGUCUAUUAUCUACUAUCAGAGCGCAUAGCGUCAAAUUUAGUGACCAAGUGCUUUUUGCGGUAGUGUACGUCAUGCCAGCAAUCCAGCAUCAGUUCUUACAUUUGGGGACUCGUUGAAAAAGACGCAUAGCGAGUGUCCCUCUUGAGUUUGGUUCUUUGGUGUCAAUCGACCUUGGAUGGUUGUUUAAGCAGGUGUUGCGCUGCUAGCCUGGAGAGGAACGACUAGCAGGGAUUACGAAGUAGUGAUCCAAGAAGGAUCGUGAAUUUUUUACUAAUACGGUUUAACGGUAGUCAACUGGAAACCAUUUUACAGUGGAAAGUAACUUUUAAAUUUCAGUUUAAAUGACCAUGUUUAGCGUAACACAAAAACAGUUGUUGUGACCUUCGGUACAACGUACAGUAAUUAUACUUCAGAAAAGCAGUUUAUUUCUUUACAUUCUCUUUUUUUCCCAGUGACUCUUCAAAGUGUGAUACGUUUACAACUAGUGGUUCGUGGGCUCCCCCUAGUGGUACUCAGUGUGUGGUCUUCCUAGCAAUGCAAACGCCAUCUUGCAACCAAAUACACAGCACUUAAAGAAAAGCAAGUGGAUACCCCCCCCCUAAAAAAAAAAAUCACUUGUAUUUUACUUUUGAAUAAAAUAGAUUGGUAUUUAAUCUUUAA